GGAAGGAAACGGAGGGAAACGGAGGCGCGCGAUUGGUCGGCGCCGCGGAACUGGCCGACGUUCGUUCGCGAGACGUGUCAUGUGACCCGUUCCUCUAUUUAUGCAAACAUCACCGAUCACUCGGCCCCCGCAGUCUCGUGGCAAAACAAUAACAAACAACACACGUCGUCACUCCUCUGCGUUCCGAACGAUUUCUCGCCCGAUUUCUCGUCCGUUUUCCUCGCGAGUCGUUGGCACGUGCAACGCGACGUCCUCGGCGCGUGAUUCGCGCGAUCGUAGGCGCGCGGACGAGCGCGUACGAGCGCGAUCGCGAGGGAUUCUUGCGCUCGCGCCAGCUCUCGAGCCCGAGGGCCGCGAGGUCGGAGUCGGGUACUCGCACUCGGGUCGACUCAACGGAUUUCGAGGGGGGAAGAAAAAGUGAAACCCAGCCUGGCCCCUGGCCUCGCCGCGGCCACCGCGAUGCUGUCAGCCGCGAAAAAUGCCCGCUGACGAGGGGCACGCGAUGCGCGCGUGGACCAAUAUGUGAUUUCCAACGUGUGCACGCUGCACGCCGUCGCCAUCGCCAUCGUAUUUACCCCGAGGCCUCGACUCUCGGGACCGUCGAGCGUCGAAUUCCGCCGUCCACCAGCGCGAGACGGAGAAGCCGUUCCCUCGUGGCUCGUGGCCGUUCGUCCGUGCGCGAGGGCUGCGAAUCGAUCGUGCGACACGAGGCGAACCAAAGCAAACGCGAGGUGCGGACUGCGGACGAGUCAAAAAACUGAAACUGAAACGGUGCAGCUCGCUCUCGGCGGGCCGAUAACCCGCGCGCGCGCCUUUCCUUCUUUUCUUUCUCGCGUUAUCGUUCCGCUGGACGUUAUUUACAGGGUGACACAGUCAACGCUAUCGCUGGACUAACGUGCGUAACAACGCGCAACGAUCGUCGCUCGCACUGGUUCGGCACCGAUAGGUGCAUAUCCGUCGCUCGAGAAUCCUGAUCGCGAUCUUGGUGGAUCUUGGAACGAUUCAUUUCGCCCAAACUUGCCCGAACUUUGCGCUUCGUAGAGAAAUAGUUUCUCUCUCUCUCUCUCUCUCUCGCUCCCUCUCUCUCGCUUUUUCAAGCGUCAAAAGUAAUCGUAGCCUUGUAGCGCCCACGGGCGCGCUCGCACGCGCGCGCGCCUUCCCACGAUUUUCGUCAACAUCAUAACAUCCGUAGCUGAUGGACGACUCGAAGUACAGCGACUUCUCGCUAGCUAGCACGAUGGAUAGCGUAGUGAAGCAAGAGCCUGGCGGGGAGAUGAUGAACACGUCGGCGUCUGUCCCGAUACCUGGAGGCCACCGAGGCACCCCGCGAGGAGCGUACGCUCAGUUCUCGCCGUCUCCUCUGGCGGUCUCCGCCGGAUGGGACAUGAGGGCCGAUCAGUCAGAUUAUUCCUUUAAGAUGGACCCAGAUCAGAUGGACAUCUCGUUUAAGAUGGAUGACGAUGAUAUAUUCCAAGUUGACAAGGCUGAGCUUAUCCAGGGUCCAACUCUGGCCGAGUUGAACGCCAACGACGAUACCCUGUUGGGAGAUUUAAAUUUCGACGAUUUAUUGCUGCCCGAGGAAAGGGUGCAGCCGCUAAAAAUGGAAUACACCGCUCCGACUAGCUCUCUGUUUAGUAGUAGCAUGGGAUUCGCGCCUAGUAGUUUUCCACAAUCUGGAGUUACUCGGCGUAGUUGUCCCACAUAUACGAAUACGUGUGGCUUUAAUUUAAAUAGAGGUUCCAACGUUGUGGAUAAUGCGGAAGCUGUUAGUCCUACUGCGUAUCCUAGUCCGGGCACUAGUAACGUUGCAGGUAGUUCAACAGCAAGCUCGUCGACUUCGCCACAUCCCGUAACUCGACCUCUUGGAUCGUCCACUUUACACGAGUUACUUAUGAAAAGAGGUGAAAAUCCAUUUAACAAUCCAAUAUCCACGCAGGCAGAUAUCUCCACGAUAGGUGGUAAACCUAAAAGUUCGAGACUGUCUAUGUCUGCGCCAACGCAGACAAUGGGACAUUUGGAUCAAAUCUGGGCCCACAGGGAACCACGACAACAUCUCUUAAGUACCGGUAGCUUGGUAGAGGCAGGAUCGACCAGUAGUCUGAGUACUGGAGGUGCCCUUAGUCCAGAUCCACUCUGUAUUGAUCCUCUUAGCCACGACGAGGGCUAUGAAGACAGCGACGACGAUAGCGACCAUUACGAUGACUACAGCAGUGAUAAUGAUACAGGCGGAAGUGACGGCGAGGAACAGAGUAACAACAGAGUAGGAGCAGGAACAGAAUUAGGAAAAGACAGGCAUAGUAAAAAAGAAAGAUUCUUCUGGCAAUAUAACGUUCAAGCGAAGGGACCAAAAGGACAGCGAUUAAUCGCGCGGGCGCGUUUGGAAGAUCCGCACGUCUUGAAUGAAGCAACUGAUCCAGUAUUUAGUCCUCAUUGUGCUCUUAGAGGAAUUAAGCAUAGUGGAAAGGCACGGAAAGGCGACGGGAACGAUCUUACACCUAAUCCUCGCAAGCUUCACAAUAUCGGACGAGAGUUAGACAAAUUAAAUCGCAUUAUAAAUGAUAUGACACCUGUUUCCGAAUUACCUUUCCCAGCAAGGCCGAAAACUCGUAAAGAAAAAAAUAAAUUAGCUUCACGGGCGUGCCGCUUAAAGAAAAAGGCUCAACAUGAAGCUAAUAAGAUAAAACUGCAUGGACUUGAAACAGAACACAGACGUCUCAUACAAGGUAUAUCACAAGCUAAACAUACGCUUGCUGCUAAAUUAGCUGAAUCCAAUCGCGACACUCAAGAAGAGCUUACACGACAAAUGGAGAAAUAUUGCAAGGUGGCUACCAAAGUGCGAAUAGCAAAUCAUUCAACAGAAUUUGUGAACAAAGUGUUGGAUAAUAUUAGAGCCGGUAUUCCUGAUGGUGGCAUCGAUAAUUUUUAAUAUUAUAGCGAAUCGUUUUCCUAUAAAUCUUAUGUCUACGCGUGUAUAUAUCUUUGGAAAAAUAUGCUAUAUGUCUAUACAUACCUAGGGUAAUGUUGCUUUUUAUCUUUAAAGUUGCUGUUGAAUGCUUCAGAAAGCAGACUUACAGUUAACGUAUUGGUUAAUGUAUAAUUAACAAGUAUCUUAUACAUUGUUUCAGAAAAUGUUUAUCGAUGCAAAUGCGAAACCUUGAUAUAUAUGUAUAUUGGUUUAUCUCUUAGACCUUUAAAUCGUCACUUUUUUUCUACAAAAGUAUCUGCAUUUUCGCCUAUUGUAUAUAAUGGUCAAUCUGUAUAUAACACUUUUCAUGCAUCACAUAUGAUAGUUUCAAUAAUGUAUUUAUGCAAACAAAGAUGUUUUUUUUUUUUACAAAUUAGCUGCAAAUGUAUCAUUGUUAAAAAAAAAAAGAAUGGUUAUAUAUCCUGAUGAAAGUGCAAAGAAAAAGUGCCGAAUGUCACUUAAUAAUUAUAACACAUUAGGGAUAUCAUCAAUGUCCAUUAUCAAUCAGCGUUGCACACGUUGUGAUUUUUAAAUUUAAUCUUUACUCUUUAACCCUCGGUUGUCACACGGGAUCAAAAUGACCCCAACCAAUUUUCAAACAACUGUAUGCUGUAUGUGUUUAAAAACUAACAGUUUAAGUGAAUCGCAAAAAAUUCUAGAAUAAGUUUAAACAUUAUAGAAUUCUCAUUAUAAAAAAUUAACUUUUUGAGAGGCAAGUUCAAAAAAGAGGUGUGACAACCAAGGGUUAAAUUGCAAUGAAUAUGCACCACACAGCAGAACUUUUGGCUUCAGAACGAUAAUACAAUUUACGUAAAAUUUAAUUAUACUAAUCAUUGCUCAGUUCAAGAUGUAUCUUGGCGAUUUUUUCCAAAUAGAUAUAAUUAAUUUCAUUCUUCAAUAAUUACUAAUGAUGAUCAAGGUUUCGGAAUUAUUGAUGGCGGCUGACGCAACAAUACUAAGAAUUGACAUUGAUGAUCUUUUUUUUUUAUGUUCAGACGAUGUAGUUUUAAUCAUAAUAGUAAAAAAAUCUAGAAUGUGUGCAUUAGUUGCACUUAGAAACGAGCUUUGAAUUACAUAGUUGUUUGCUGUUUGCUGACUCGAUCUACCUCAGAACGAAACGCUAUACCGGAUUAUAUAUAAAGAUAAAAUAAUGUAUGUGGAAAGAUUGUAAUCGUGGCGCGAGGUGGGAUAUCAUUGCUUUAGAAUUUUAGAAGAGAGGACAGAUAUAUAUAGAUAUAUAUAUAAAACAUAGCGUCUACGCCUCUUCUGUUCGACGAUUGUUUAGAGUACGCCGCGAUUAGAAUUAUAAUUAUAUUUUGCUAAUCACUAAUAUACACAUACAUAUAUUUUAAAUAUGCAAGAUGUUAAUCCAUAUUAUAUUCGUACUAAUAUUUUUUUAAUCGAUUUUUGUAUAUGUAAAGUUGCGCUAAAGAUCAUAGUAAUUAUCCGAAAGGAAAAAAAGAAACGUGUGGAUAUAUAGUCAUACGAUUAUAUACAUAUAUAAAUACAGAUGUUGUAUAAUCCUUAUCGAAUCGUUAUGCAGUCUAAUUUAUUGUUAUGCGGGGUACCACCGUAGGUUUCAUUCGCUGUGUAUGUAACGUCGGCAAAAGUUUAAUGUGUGUAAUAUCAGUGUAGCACGAGACGUCACUCCGAUAUCAUCGUAAUCAUAUGCGUGCGGGAAAUGUUGCGUGUAACAAGAAUAUUCUUUUCUUUUCUUUCAUGGUGUGCAAUACGCGCGUUCGUGAGAAAAGCGCCAUUUAUUGUUCCGACGAUGACCCCGAUACUUUUACGAUGAUGUGCUUUGCGUUCGUUCGCUCGCUCGUGUAAAAUGUAAAACGUAAAAUUGCACGUGGCGUGCGAAUGCAUUCCUGGCGUUUAUCGUGCUAAUCGAGUUACGGCAAACGACCCGAAGAUGAAUCAGUUGAUCAGAAUAUGUAAUGAGAUGUGGUUGAAUUAUCAUUUCUAUUCUAAUAAAAAAAAAACACAUGCGAACGGCAA